AUGGGCCGCAGCAACAACCAACUCCGGCGCUCUGCGAAGGCGCACGGACGAGUCUUUGUUCCAAAGAAGCGUAAAAGUAAGACGUACAACCAGAUGCGGGCAAUGAAGAUUCGCGCGGGGCAAUCGCAGCCGCGGAAACUUGCCUACAAGAACGUCAUCUCAAAGAAAGGCGGCGUCACGCGACGUAAGUUCCGCUCCGGCGGUUACAAUAACAGCGGGAAGUUUGGAAAGGCGAAGGGGGCGAAGAGAAACGCUGAGAAACAUAAGUGA